AUGGCGGACGACGAGCCCCAGCAAACACCAACUCCGGAGAAGACACCAGCUGGAAAGAAACCCAAACGGCCGUCGGCUCCGGAGAGGGCCACUUCCGAGGUUUCAACAACAGAAGAUGAUCAAGGUUACGAGUCGCGGUCUCGGUCACAGUCCCGACGAAGGAGACGACAGAACCAGCGCCAGCGACAAGCCCAGGCCAAGUCAUCAGCGGGUGGUGGAGGCGCCUCCACUCAGUCUAUGGCUGCCAUUGACGAAGGCAAUGAACCACAGCAGCAGCAGCAACUACAACGCCAGCAACAGGAGAAUCUACCACCGAAACAGUACGUCGACAAGGAUAACCCGCAGUGGUUGAAGAAUCCCGCUCCGCAAGACAUCACCGAGUCGCAACCAUUCGAGUACAUCAAACCUCCUGGCCAGUCCAUGAUCGGCCCUGUGACCUACGCGCGGAUGCUGCGUGGUGAAAUCCCAUGGAGAGGCCCGCCCCCAUCGCAACCUCUGGAGACCGCUCAAGCAUAUGACGCCAAAGACUCGUCCGGCCGAGAUCCCAUGGACCAAGACGGAUUGAAGUUGCGCAUAGAAUUGAAUCUGGACAUUGAAAUCGAGCUCAAGGCGCAUAUCCACGGCGACUUGACGCUGGCCCUAUUAGCGCCUCUCAAUCUGAGUCUGCCCAAAGUCAGCUUGCCUAAAGUCAAAUUUCCCAAAGUCUCGGUUCCCAAGGUGCUACCGAAGUGGACCACGCCUGAGCUGUGA